GACCCCCAGGCCAGCAGGCGCAGCUGGAGUGGGUAUACAAGGUGAGAAGGGCCAGGCAGGAGACAGAGGGCUACCAGGGAUGGGUGGGCCAGCCGGACCCCCUGGCCAUCCUGGAAUGCAGGGAGAACCAGGCAGUGAUGGAGCAGCGGGUAAAGACGGAGCAUCUGGUCUGCCUGGAGACAAUGGACAAUGUGGUACAAAGGGUGAGCCAGGUGCCCCAGGUCAGAGGGGUACGCCAGGGGAACGAGGUCGCCCCGGACCKCCUGGUGGAGGGGGGUACUCCUCCAAAGCUGAUACCCCAGUGAUGGGCCCAGUGGGACCCAGGGGAGAGAGGGGCACCCCGGGCUCACCAGGCCCUUCAGGGUCCACUGGACCUCCAGGAAUACCAGGCAACGAGCCUGUGGUCAACUAUGACAACAUCAAGGACUUCAUUCGCCAGCAGGUCAUCAAGAUAUUUGAUGAGAGGAUGGCCUACUUCAUGUCUCGCAUGCAGCAGCCACAAGAGGUAUCGUCCCCCGGUCGUCCUGGCCCCCCAGGGAAGGAAGGUAACCCAGGUAGAAAUGGGACUCCAGGGGCCCCGGGUCAGCCAGGACAGAUAGGCAGAGAGGGUCGCCAAGGAGUCCUGGGACCACAGGGUCCAAGAGGUCUGAAGGGAGAGAAAGGUGACAAGGGUGUAGGGGAGAUGGGUGACAGUGGACCCCCAGGAGCACCAGGUGUCCCGGGCCCCCCAGGCUAUGGCAAGAUGGGCCCCAGCGGCCCCGUGGGUCAGCAGGGGAUCCCUGGAGUCUCAGGAACCCCUGGACAGCCYGGCCAGAAGGGCAGGGAGGGCCGGUGUAACCCCUCUGACUGUAUGAGCCAACCAAUAGAGUGGAACCCUAAGGGCCCUCCCGUCAAGGGCCCCUACUAGAGAGAGAGAGAUUAUUGAAGAGGAGAGGAGGCGAGGAGACACAGAGAAGAUGGAGAGAUAGAAGAAACCAACCCAAAGACCAGAAGGCACUAGAGACAGAAGUGGAGGGGUGAAGAGAGAGAGAKGAGAGAACAAAAGACCAGUCAAUCAACAGAACUCAUCCUACGAAAACAAGUGAAUACUGAGGCACCCAUAGUUGAUGUGGUCCUCUUCAUCCAUCCCUAAUUCAUCAAAGUGUUUGCCAGUUAGCUGUCCACCUCACCGCCUGUGUAGAAAAUAUAUACAGAUGUAGGAUCUUAAUUUGAGCCAGUUUGCUAAAGCAGGAWAACAAUCCUGCAGCAACAGGAAAUGUUAAUUAUUAUGUAGAUUAUAAUUAAUGGACGUUUUUGUCGUGGUUGAUACAUGUUCCUAAUAGAAAAUCAAGUAUUACAUUUCUAAGUGGAAAUUACAAACGUUAGAAGCCUUUUUAAACAUCAAAUACACUACACAUUUUAAAUGUCCUGCAUUGUAGGAAAGUUCAUCCUGCAACAGCGUGAUCAAAUUAAGAUUUUACAUCUGUAUGUGUAGGACCUUCUUCUAACUGAAGACUUAGUKCUGGCUGAAGGGGCUUUGAUAAAGGAGAUAAUGUGGACACCACUAUCCUGCCUCUCUACUCUCUGUCUUAUCCGUUCUGUUCAUUCCUUCAAAAUUUCCCAACUUUAGCUGUAAGUUCAUUCUAUAAGAUAUACAUGCUUAGUUUGAUAAUACCAGCAAGAGCAAAUCCACCCUUCAAAAAACUACCUGCAAACUCUUCCUCAUCAUCACUAUCACCCUCGUCUUCAUUCUGAUUAUAAAACGUGCCCGUUGGGAGUAUUAGACAGCUGCUUUGUGCUGUUCUGCUUUGAUCUUGCUUCUCUCUAGCAAUAGAAACAGAAUGAAUAGAACWGACAUGGCACUCCCAUUCCAAAUGUUCUUUAUUCUUUAUGCAUGCUAUGUUGUUUAUGUUAUUUCUAUGCUUGAAUAUACACCAUCACUUGAAUGAUGUCUGAUGCUUUAACAGAUCUGUACGCUAUAUAAUGGCCUUCUCACCUUCUCUUCCCUGUUUGUGUGAGAAGAACAUAAUGUCCACCUUCCCAGAGUGCCUGUUUUGUAAAUAUUUAUAUUUAUAUAAUGGCUUUUUAUACCUUUUGUAUUUUGGAGUUGGCGUCAGCAUGGCUUACCGUGUGUUUGUUAUGGUCAACUGUCAUGUAUCCACUACCAGUGGGUUUUUGUCAUGUAUCCACUACCAGAUUUUAUAGGGAGUAAUUUGUUCUGUAAAACAAAUUAUUUAUGAGGGAAUUGUGCCUUUUGUAUAAAAGCAGAUUGGAUUUA